CCGCCGUGCGCUGCGAUCGCGCUCCGAGCUCGUCUAGUCAUUGGGGCCAUGUGAAUGUUACUAUCAUUACAUCUGUCAAAUUCAACGAUGAAUUCGCUUGAAAUUUAAACCGAAGUAUUUCUUCUCGUAAGAAGUGACCAGUUUUUCCCGUGGUCGUUGACACUGCAGCGUGCGGGUCCUGCAGUGCGCGAGUGUUUGGUUGAUUGGCAAACGUGAAGACGUCAGCUGAGUCGCGUAAACAUUGGUAUUUGUUAAAUGAGAUUAUGGCUCCAGUGUAAAACCCUAAAUCGUUUAGCUGGAAUCAUGUGGGGCCUAAUAAUCCUGCUUUUAACCGGUUCCGUGCUAGCGGUAGAAGUUCACUUUGAAAACAAAGACAGCGGCUUUUUUCUAAAACACACGGCGAGAUGGAGUGGCGCUGGUCCACCACCAGAGCCUAUGGGCACAGCCCUACCAGGCGCUCUUCUUUCUCUCGACCGUUUUACUGUCUUGCAAGGUUCAGCUCCAGCAUCAGUUAGAGCGACCUAUGGGCCCUUCUCGACAAAGCAAACUGUGCCAGCGCGGUAUGCGGUCCCGGACCCAUUAGAACCACCUCGAAGGAAUGCCACGUUACUGGAAUUGCAGGAUGCAACAGCACACAGACUUGAUGUAUCCGCCCAUCUUGUAUUCAGGGAGUUGCCUCGCGACGCUCCCGUGUUACGAGUACUGUUUCACACCGGAGGUGAAGGAGGCGCACGAAGAGCUGCUACAAGAUUACGGAGAGUGUGUAUAACUCUACACGCUAGUCUGGGCUCAAAGACUCUAACAGCAACAUGUGGUCCUGAAGGAGAGGAAGGAGCCUGUCUCGCAGAGUUGACUGUGCCAGCAGCAUGGUGGCCGGCAGAUGGCAAAGGAAAGAGGCCGCCUCGUACAUUGAAAUUGGCGUAUAGUGCAGCAGAAGCAAAUAAUGGUGAUAGUGGAGAGGGAGUCUGUGGAAAGGUUUCCGUGCAGCCAGCGUGGCCAUUGGGCACUGUGACGCUAGCAGGUGCUAGGGCUGGGUAUAGAGAGGCGAGGGCUGGAGACACAGCUCUACUAUUACCUCGUGCACCGUUGUACCCUCAUUUCCGUCUGCACAUUCCUUUUGUUGUUCGCCGAGAUGCUGGACACAGCAUCGGUCACGUUGCCAUAAGGUUGAAAGUCAAGUCCGGAUUGAGGCUGGUAAGUGUGAACGCUGCGAACUCUCAUUGGGCCGUCACUGCUGAAGUCAAGCCCAGGUCUGCAACGGUCACGGCGACACGUCUAGAACAACCACUACGGGAUGAUGAUGGACUCGAAUUGGAAGAAGAAGAAAGUGGCGCUGGUGGUCCCGGCUGGGAAGAGGUCCUUACGUGGUUGGUGGAAGUCGGGGCAGAGGGAGAAGGAGACAGCGACGGCUCUGAAGGAGAGUCUGGUAGAGGCACUGCUAGACUUAGCUGGUCAGCUAAGGUGUCUUCAACGGCAAGCAGUGCAUCCACGACCGAAGAAACACCACACGAACAUAGAGUUAACACUCGACUCGAUAUUGAGAAGGACGACAUUCAGGCUGUACUGCCCAUAUCUAAGAACUGGGAGGUACUUAACACUGCGGUAUUGACCGGACGACAAGUGUCCCAAGCCAUGAAGGUUCUAAUUGUAUCGCAGGCCGGGCAAGUUGCUGACGUCACACUGCAAAGCUCUUGCCAUUCGGAGGACGAGAGUGUCCUUAAGGUAUCAUCAUCGUGCAGUUCCGUAUACGUUGAUGGUUCAGAAAUUCGUGGAUCGUCGAACGCGUCCGUGAUUGUCAAAUAUGGAACCUAUACAGGCCUCGCUAGGUUCACUGUUUGGAUGCCGGAAUAUCCUCUGGAAAUUGACGUUGAUGACAACCGACUGUCACAAGUUAAAGGUUGGAAAGUUUUAGAUGAAACGAACGCUAAGGACAGAUUAAAACGGUCUUUGUCGUCGAGGGGGUGGGGUGCCUCCAGACCCGAUGGCCCAAAUGGCCUCACUGAUCAAAGAUCUUGCAGACUCCGUUAUCAACAGAGCAAUGUCGAGGUGUACGCGAGGUUUCUCGCCAAGGACCACGAUUCAGGUCGAGUAUCGUACUUCGUGUCUCGGCGUACUUGGCUCAAAGUGACAGAGCUUGUGCUAUCACUUAUGCGCGUAUCUGAUCCACGGAUUGCCUCGCUAAGGAAUCGUGUGCUGCAAGGACGAAGCACUGGCCGGACAGAAGUACAAGUGCUAUCACCUAUAACAGGACGUGUUAUUGGACUUCGCGAAGUGCGGGUGGUGAACGACAAGGUAUCGAUUACUCGACUAUUGGUUCGUGUCAUAUCAGGACUGCAGUUGAACAUAUCGCCUGACACGGCUAUAGAAAACGGAUAUGUAUCAGAGACUACGGUUACACGGCGUUUAACGGCUCAAUAUCAGGAAGGUCUUCUUGACAUAGACAUAGAGUUCUCUGACGGCACUCACACGGCUCUGCGAGAUGUGGCAACAACAGACUACCACUUACUAGUAGAGAGUUUAGACAUUGAAGUGGUUGCGUUUGCGCCGAUGCUGGCAUCAGUACAUCCAAGGGUCAUUGCUGUUGGUGAAGGAAGCGGAGAACUCUUACGCGUGACUCUAUUAACACCUGACCAGUGUCGCUCUGGGCCUAUUCGUCGCGUGGCAUUACCAGGCAAGGGUGAUACGAAGACCCCGGCUAACAUCAAGAAUAUCCCAGGAGCUUUAGCCACGGCGGCGGCCAGCGUCGACGUGGACUUCAGCGGAACUGACUCCCCUCAAAGACCUGACACGCCCCAGAAUGAUGAUAUCAUGGCUAGAGGAGGAGUUAGGACUGGCAUGAACGAUCUCACUGAUCUACUUAAAGAUAUAUCGCGUAUAAAAGAUGAGAACAACCAUAACCCAACGGUUCAGGCUCAGCAGUAUGGCUCCAUCCAUCGGCCUAACAACGGCCAUCCGCGGCACGUCGCACAGAAAAAUGAAUCGCAAGUCCAAAUAGGAAUGUCGAUACUUCUUGGAGCGUUUUGUUUUGCAAUAAUGGUAUUCGUAGUAUCCUGCGUGGUGUACGCGUAUAAGUUAAAGAAGGUGAAUUCGGGUGGAUGUAGCCCAGGUGCCACUGAAAACGGAAGGCUGCAGGUGACGAAUCUGGUUGGCACCACUUUGGGGCUGGCGAAGGAGAAGCCUGUCAGGGAAUCUACUACCAACGCUCAUGACUGGGUGUGGUUAGGCCGCGCGACAAUGGAAAAGAACGGAAAUCGUCAUCCAGUAAACCGGAACUCGACCCAACCCGACAAUACCCAAGAGAUGCGCAUCACCAGCAACCCGUUAAACUACAACUACGUGGAUCCAGAAGACGCAAUCCGGGAGAACGUGAUGGUGACCAGCUUCGACAACCCCAACUCCAUCGAAUUGCCAUCACAGACCGAAAAGCGAGUCAUCGACACUACCACGUACUGCAAGAAGCCCAAGCCCCAGAACUCCGACGGUCAUUGGCAGGAUGCGACUGACGACUACCGACCCCCUGUUCCGCCUCACAGACAUACAUCGACUCCUCAGCCCCAGGUCCCUCUGCCGCCACGACAUACCAAUAAAAUUUUGCCCGAGACCGUCAUGCCACCAUCAAGGCGAAGUCACUCCAGGAAUCACCACAAGAAACAUGAACGCGAGCAUGAGUCUGCCAAACGAUCUCCGGAAAACAUUCGCCAGCCAGACCGAAUUAUUGAUUUAAACAAAAACGAUUCGCCAUACAUGACCCGAGACCUGAAACGCGACUCCUACCCAUUACGACUCCGCAACGACUUCGAUGACCCAAUGGAAAAGCUGAACAAAGACGACUGCGCCAGAUUGUUCGAGUUCGACACAGAUGCUCCCCUCAUCAUGGAGAAUAAGGAUUAUCGAGAGAUCGUCGGACUCAACAGAGGAACGGACGACUCCAGACGCACCUUCACGAAGCCCGAGAGCCCGGACUAUAUGCACGAUUCUGGAAUCGGCCUACCUGACAUGCAAGUACGGCAUAAGAAUAAAUCAAAGGAUGCAAAUGGCAAAGGCGAUUUCGUAGAGCUGUCGAAUCAAAACAAAGUGAAUACUUCGCCAGAGGUGAAGCGCGCAACGAUCGUGGGCAACCCGAUGUUCUCCCGCGGGGCAGGGGGGACAGGGGAGCCCCCCGUGGAAUCCCUCGGCAUCGACGACUUGCACAUGGACUACGAUCAAAUCAUGCAUUAUUUCCAUAACCUUAAGGAAUCGAACGCCUGAGUAGAGCAGAUCAUUGCAAAGAUCCGGCAGGUAUUGUCUACGUUUAAUUAUCAGCAUAUCACCCAAGCUCCAAUCGACGUAUUCAAUUCACCCACCAGUCAGGUGGAGGAUACCGAUAUUGACUCGCAAAAAAUGUCGAAUGUCGCACCUAAUGUGCUCUGCGACUCGAUCGCUCAGAAUAACCACUUUAUGAGGCGACAUCUCGAGUUCCUCUUGGGAAACUUGAGCGAGGCGUACGAAUGAAUUGUCGGUCAAUAUUAUCCUCUACGCAAAUGGAUCCUUGCAGUGAUCGAAAGAUAUUUUAUACUAACGUUUAACGUAUUUACUCUAGUCAUCAAAGUUGCACUCGUGCAUAAUACUCAAUAUAAUCGCGUUAACUGUCUAUUUAAAUUUUGGUCUACGGAAUACCAAAUUAAAAUUGCAUUUUGUCUAUGUACAUAUUUUCCAUUGAAGAUGUGAAAACGCUACCUCACUUAUAACUUAUAGCUUAGCCUACAAUGCAAACAAUGUUAAUAGUUCAAUAUUUAAGUUUAUAUAAUUUAUUCCUUCAAAGACAUUAGGUUUUAAGACUGCGAUGCCAGUUUAGAUUAGCUUAGUUGUUUAAGAGAAACUAGUCAAAUAACCACGGGCUAUCUAUUGCUCAAAUCGAUUAAUUCUUCACUAUAGCUUUAUUCCUUUCGACCGGAUUUCUAUUUGGCCUAAUUUGAUAAACCGUAAUGUUAACGCUUAAAUGUUAACUUUGUGAUAAAUAUGGCUGUCAGCGCCAUCUUUAAAUGCCAUAUCAUAUGAAAUCUAGUUGCUUGUAUUAUAUUGUACCUAAUAUAUCUUAAUUUAUAUGUAAAUGCAUAAUGUAAGUUAGGUUUAUAGGCUUUGUAAAUAUUGUUAUGAUGUUAUAUAAUUUAUAGGUACGUGUGCGGAUAAAGGAAUAUAGUAUGUGGUAGUCGCUUAUACUACGGUCAGUAUCGGUGCUCUGUAAUUUCCAAAGGCUAUACGUUUUUCUCAAUAUCCGUCAGAACCGUAGAAUCGCGGGGUGCAACUCAACAUGGAAGUCGAGUUUGAAAAUUGCAGAGUAACCGUGCUGAGGCUGCACUUAUAACCGUUUCAUGUCUGUUAAACAUAUAGUUGAUGUAUCGGUGUAUCGAUGUGACUAGUAAGGUCUGUUUAAUUUUCAGUGCAGUUUUAUACAGCUUACUGUAUUAAGAAUUUUGGCUUUCGUCGUUAGUUUAGGGAGACAGUGACAGAAGAGUUUGUUACUAAGCAAUUGUUUUUUGUUGGGUUUUAACGUAAAUAAAGAUGUUUAAUAGUUUAAUGCUACAGACUGAGGCUUAUCACGAAAUCCCUUGAGGAAAUGUCAAAUAUAAUAAACGAUUAUUAAAUAUA